GCUCACACAACAGAUCUGCCUGUACUAAAUCUCCCAGAAUCCUCUGUCAGCCAGCACUAGUUUAUAUAACGAGCCCUCCCACUGCUCACUGGAGCCUAAUCAGCUUUGCCCGUGUGCCAGUGUCCCCGCCUCUCAUGCCUAUAUUUGGGUGUUAGCUCUCUGCUCCCCAGCAGGCCAAGAAGCAGGUACUGCAACGUCAGACCGGCAAACACUGAUGAACCCGCUGAGCACAAACAAUCAGGGCCGACAUGGGCAGCGACGAUCGGGAUGUCACAGAGGAGGACGCCGAGCUGGGAGACCUCAGCGGCGCCAGAAAGGUCAACAUGCUGGAGGAGGAGGAGGGUCUUCCCGAGGGGACUUGGUGUGACAGCACGGAGAGACGAGCAGCUGCCAAGGGAAGUGACAAUCUCGUUCCAGGUGACAUCCCUAUCACCUCUGACUGUCCCCAAGUGCGGGAAACCCAGCGACGAACGCUCUGCCCUCCCUGUGCCCAGAUAAUAGUGACAGACGAGGAGACCGGCAAGAGGAAAUGCGUAUGCCCGGGACUUGGCAUUUUCUAUACCAUCCUGUCUGCCGCCUUCUUUUCUUCCAGUUCAUUACUGGUGAAGAAAAUUGAAGAUCUGCAUUCUGUGGAAAUCAGUGCAAUAAGGUGUCUUUUCCAGAUGCUGUUUGUUCUUCCUGGCUUAAUUUAUUACAAGACAGGAUUUUUGGGACCCAAAGACCAAAGGAUUUUUCUAUUUUUAAGGGGUUUCCUUGGCUCCACUGCUAUGAUCUUGCUGUACUACGCUGUCCAGUGUAUGCCCCUCGCUGAUGCCACCGUGAUCACCUUCAGCAGCCCAGCAUUCACCUGUAUAUUCGCCUGCAUAUUCCUUAAGGAAAGGUGCACCAUAUGGGAUAUCGUUUUUAUGCUUUUUACCAUAACUGGAGUCAUUCUAAUAGCCAGGCCACCAUUUUUGUUUGGCUCGCUGGAUGAAAGUCUUGAUUAUGAUUAUGCAGACCAUAUGAAAGGAACUAUUGCUGCUGUAUCAAGUGCAGUUGGUGCUUCUUUAACUUUGGUUGUGCUGAGAAAAAUGGGCAAAUCUGUGCAUUUCCUGCUCUCUAUUUGGUUCUAUGCCAUCAUUGGACUGAUUGAAUGCAUUAUUGCCCUCUUUGCCCUUGGUGAGUGGCGUCUGCCAACCUGUGGAAUAGACAGAAUGUUCUUAGUAUUUAUAGGUAUCUUGGGCUUGGGUGGGCAGAUUUUUCUCGUGAAAGCCUUACAGAUUGAAAGGGCUGGGCCAGUGUCCGUCAUGAGAACAAUGGACGUGGUAUUUGCCUUUAUAUUUCAGGCAUUGUUUUUAAGCCAUAAUCCUACACUAUGGACAAUAGGGGGCGCUCUCUGUAUCGUCGCCAGCACUGCAGGGACCGCUAUCGUUAAGUGGUAUACAAGCUCAAAGAAAGCAAAACAGAGUGCAUUAUAAGUGCAAUUCUACCCAUAAAAGUGGAAUGGAAUUCUAGUUAGUGUAGGAGGUUAUUCUGUAUCCCUCAAGCAUCACUCUGUUCAUCUCACACCAGGUAAUGGAGAUCCUUUUAGGCCAAACAAUAAUCCGCAGUGUGAAUAACACAACGUACAAUGCCCAUAUUCUUUUCUGGUAGUUACAUUUCUG